AUGCCACCAAAAAUAGUUGAGAACAACAGAGCUAAGAUCCUGUGGGACUUCAAGUUCCAGACUGACAAGCAGGUGCUGGCUUGCCAACCAGACACAGUGGUGGUAGACAAGGAACAGAAGAGUGUCAUUGUGAAAGAUGUUGGAAUCCCAGUGGACAAUAACAUCAGGCAGAAGGAGCACGAAAAGAUUGAGAAGUACCAGGGCCUGAAAGAACAACUGGAACAGAUGUGGAAGGUAAAGUCCAAAGUGGUCCCAGUGGUGAUAGGAGCAUUAGGGGGCUGUGACCCCCAAACUGAGAGAUGUCCCCAGUUACCACUGUCGGUCAUCUCUUUAAAAAGGCUGAUGGAAGUUGAGAUGGAGUUAGUGCACGGUGAUGAACAGAAUAUUACCCACAAGUCCCCAGCCUCCACCUACUCCCAAUUAAUGUGUCACAGCAGUGAAACAGCAGACCUUCCGAGUGGGCCUAAUCUCGCGUCUCUGCCUCCGCUUAACAAGUGGCUUGAUACUGUUUUACAGGAUGCCGACAGGUACUACAGACUAAAGAAAUACGCCACUGCAGCUAGUCACUUCACCACUGCCCUACAGGACUGCUCCAAAGGUGCUGUGCUUGGGAAACCUUUUACUGCUGCUGAUGAAGACAUUUCCAAGGUUGUUGGCUUCAUCGAGUCCAGGCUCGUUGCCUGCUACCUGAGAAUGCAGAAGCCUGACUUGGCACUGCCACAUUCCCACAGGAAUGCCAUGAUUGCUGACUAUGUGCACUGGCUAUCUGGAAACGGUGAGCCGACUAUAAGCAAGCUCAUCAAACUGUAUUGGCAGGCUGGGUUUUCUCGAGGCUCAGGGGUGAUUGAGAGGCUUCAGUAUGCUGAUUACCUGUAUCAGCUGAAGAGAGAGCAGGAGCACAUGCAGGUGCUGGAGCACACUCUUGCAGAGUUAGCAUUAGUGCCCUGUCUACAGGAAAUCAGCUCAUCUAAUAGAAACCUGCUGCAGGCUCUAAUGGCAGAUACCAUGGACACCCUUGAAGGCAAGCGGACUGAUCAGGAACGUGUGUGGAAUGCAAUGCAAAAGAGAGAUCCACCUCCUGCCAGCACUGGACUCCAUUUCAGCAUUCUCACACAGUGCUAACACAACAUCUACA